UUGAGCUCAACAUCAUCAUCAUUCUCUCUUCUUCUGCUUGAGCUGAUGGAGGGAUGAUGUAGCUGAGGAUGAUGAAGGGAUGAAGAUGUUCAUAUCCGCUAGAAUCACAGAAUCAGUCGCUCAUUCAGACGGAUUUAGCGGAUCAAAGUGUUUGAUUGGAUAUGAAUGAUGAAAGUGUUCAGAGAUUCGAGCUGAUUGUGUUCAUGAUGGAUCUGAAUCUUCUCACACUCAUCAAAGUUUCACUCGUCGCGAUCUUCGUGAAUGCACUGAUGACGAGAGGUUUAUCAGCUACAGACGGCAGUGAGUUUACGUUCACACAGCGACCGCGAUUCCUCCAGUGCAACAACACCGUUCUGCUGCAGGAGAUGGAGAAGUGUGGAGAACGAUUCACAAGAGACAUGGAGCUCGUUCAUCCUCGCGACAGAUGCAACCUCACACUCUUCAUAGGAGAGUAUCACGUGUUCUCCCUCUGUACGGAGAUGAACACCGAACGCAUCGGCUGCUUCUGGCCGAACCCAGAUGUGGAACGUUUCAUCAUCGACAUCCACAAACACUUCUUCUCCAACUGUACACUGAAGCACCUCAUUUACGUCGACCCGCCCGACAACAUGCUCACCCUCCUCAUCCUCAUCCCCGUCUUUCUCACGCUGACCAUGGUGGUGCUCGUCGUCUGGUGCAGCAAAAGAGGCGACAUUCUGGCCUGACGUCUGAACAAGAAGAGAUGUUUUCUUUGACUUUCUCUUCAGACCAAACACUUUACUGAAGUUACAAACUAUAAAUGUGUGGAAGUAUUUUCUGUUGAGAUCUUUGAUGCACCAGUGAAGAUCUUCAUCAUUAAAUCUGUGACUGUCAGUGCGUCUACUGUAGAAGAUCCUUCAUGUUCCACUGUACAUCAAACACUUCAGUUCUGCAUCAUGUGUUUUGCGUUUAGCUCGCCGUGUCGUUUCUAUGUCAACGUGUUUCUGAGGAUCAUUGAAACUGAACUGCAGCAGCUGAUGAUCAAUUAAUUCCUGUUUAAUCGUUAAUACACAAGUGUGAAUAUUCAUAAAGAUCUCGGGACUCUUUGGAGAUUAAUUGGAGAUUUCUGAAGUGACAUUUUGGUAUUAAGGAUUUAUUGACUUGUGUACUGUACAGCAAUUAUUUAAUGUUUUAAUUAACUUAGAAUUAGACCAUUUGUCAAACACACACACACUGUACUGUUGUUAUUUGUUGAGUUUCAUCAUUAUCUUUCAUGUGUGAGCUGCUUUACACAAACAGACAGUGAUGAGGAGGAGGGCAGAGCCGGGCCGUGAGUGUGCAGACCCGGCCCCCAAUCGGGCUAAUCAGCUGAGGAGGGGGAUAAAGGCAGCCAGAUGCGGCAGUUUGGGAGAGAGAGAGCCACACAUGGCAGCUGCAUGCCUUUAUCCCCCUCCUUAGCUGAUUAGCCCGAUUGGGGGCCGGGCAUGCAUACUCACGGCAUGGCUCCGCCUUCCUCCUCAUCACACAGACAUUAUUUUAUCAUUGUAGAUAAAGCAUCUGUCUUUCGGGCCAUCAGAAAUAAUGACGCUUUAAUGAUUGACUUUAUGAAGCCAAACGUCGAGUGAUGGUGAUCUGAACAUGCAUUUUAAUUGCUAAUCAUAUAUAAUCCUCAAAACUUAUACAAUGGUAAGAAAAAGUAUGUGAACCCUUUGGAAUUAGCUGGUUUUCUGCAUUAAUUUCUCAUAAAAUGUGAUGUCAUCAUCAAAGUCACAAGUAUAGACAUACACAAUGUGCUUAAUCUAACAACACACAAACAAUUAUAAUCUUUCAUGUCUUUAUUGAACACAUCACAUUAAACAAUCACAGUGCUUUUGGCAGCAAUAACCUCAACCAAGCGUUUCCGGUAGCUGCGGAUUAGACCUGCACAAUGUUCAGAAGGAUUUCUGGAUCAUUCUUCCUUACAGAACUGCUUCAGCUCAGACAUAUUCUUAGGAUGUCUGGUGUGAACGGCUCUCUUGAGGUCAUUCCACAGCAUCUCUAUUGGGUUAAGGUCUGGGUUCCAUGCCUAUUUAAUGUUUUCCGUAUAGUAGACUCAUGAACAGAGAUGUUCACCAGUUCCAAUGAUUCCUUCAAGUCUUUAUCUGUCACUCUAGGGUUCUUUUUUACCUCAUUGAGCAUUCUGUGGUGUUCCCUUUGAGUCAUCUUGGCUGGACGGCCACUUCUAGUGAGAGUACCUAUAGUACUAAAUCAUCUCCAUUUAUAGAAGAUUUAUCUAACUGUGGACAGAUGAAUAUCUAAUCUCUUCAAGAUAACUUUAACACUUUCCAGCUUUAUGCAACAAUUCUUGAUCGUAAGUCUUCUGAGAGCUCUUUUUUGCCAGGCAUGGUCCAUGUCAGCAGAUGCUUCUUGUGAAUAUCAAACUUAAAAUGUUUGAGUGCUUUUUAGAAGUCAAAGUAGCUCUAACCCCACACCUCCAAUCUCAUUUCAUUAACUGGAUGCCAAGUUUGCCAACUCCUGACUAUAAUUAACUUUUGUUGACGUCAUUAGCAUAGGGGUUCACAUACUUUUUCCAACCUACACUGAAUGUUUGAAUGAUGUAUUCAGUAUGUACAAGAACAAUACAAUAAUUUGUGUGUUAUUAGUUAAAACAGAUUGUGAUUUUAAGACAAAUUUAUACAGAAAUGCUGGUCAAGUUAUUUUUAUUUGUUUAGCGCUUUUCACAACACACCAUUUCAAAGCAGCUUUACAGAAAAUUAUGCUUUAACAAACAAAAAGCUGUAAUAUAGUUCACAUAUUUUCUUGCCACUGAAUUAAAAAACACAGCCACAAGUGGCGAUUAUCAGGGUCCAAGCAAAUGGAAAGUGGAGUAAAGAGACCCUCAUGACAAAAAGUUAUCAAAAGUAUUUUGAUUCAUCAAAUCAUUUAGAACUAGAUGUCUGCAACCCGACCCCUAAGAAAACGGCGGGUUUGGGUCACUUUUUCCAAGUAUGACUUCAGGUCGGGUUCGGGAUUGUAAUUGAUGAAAAAAUAAACAGGCCAAUUGCUUUGUGCACACGCUGUUACUCACAGACACAGGCCAAAAGACAAGUUCGGGGUUGUUCAACCAGAAUGUGUUUUUGCGCACGUCUGCUCUGUUUUUCUAUUGUUUUCCUAUGUAAAUACUUGCUGGACGAACGUCUUUGACUGUUGCUCCGUGUCUUGCUGUUUCUUUAGCAUCUCACGCAGGGCUGCUGCAUUUUUUUAGACACUAUGUCAAGAUAAAAAUAACUUUUUCAAGUUUAAAAAACGCAUGUCAAGACACCUGUGUAGCAUUUCAUUCAUUGUGUCACGUCUAGCUUCUUCUACCGCAGGUUUCACAAAGAUUCAACAAUGUGAAGAAGUUCAGGCUGCAGAGGAUUCAUGUUACAUUGUUGAACAUAAUUCCUGAUUGUUCUGCACCAAACAAAGUUUUGGCGCUUGAUAAACGGUAAGCUGUUGUUUAACGUUUGUUUUUUUGUUUAUUUCUUCUGCUCUGGUGUGUUGAGGGGCUGCCAUGCCUUGUUAAAAUUGCGUAUGUGUACUGUUACAAUAUUGUUCCAAAUGUUGCCAACAAUGCUUACAUAAAAUACAGACUAAGAAAUAAUAAAGAGAGUGAGCAGUUUUGGGUUUGGGUCGGUCUGGACUUAAAAUCUGACAGUGCCGUUCAUGUUGGAUAGGGUUCAGACGCACAGUCUCGGGUACGGGUCGGAUUAAGGCCCGUGCAGACCUCUACUUGUCGGGACCCAAAAAGGGGGCACGGGUCCAUGGAUAUCGUGCCACAAACCACAAAACUGAUGUUGGGUUGCCACUUGAUUUUUCUAAUGUAAAAUCUGUUUCCCGAAGCAAAACCAGCUGAAAACCACUGAUUUAGAAGAUUUAAACCAGUGAUUUUGUUUGUCCAUGACCCAUUUCACUUUUCAAUGUACUGUAUAACUUCUGGACUAUUUGACAACUCAAAAUUAUUUUGAUUACUUUUUGUCAUGAGGAUAUACUCAGGGAAUCAGACAAAAAAUGAUUUUGUUUCUAGCCCAUAUGGUUGCCGAGAUAUUGGCACAUGUAAAAGUGUGUAUUAUAGCGCCACCUAGGGUCAGAUGGGGGAGUUUUUGUGCACCUGAGUAGUGGGGGGAUUUGGGACAAUUCUACCAAAUUUAGUGUCUCUAGCAAAUACAAUAGUGUCUCAGCACCUUCUGUGUUUGGACCACUGAUUGAAAACUAGGAAUUGGACUAUCACACAUGAAAAUCAGUAUUUACACUCCAAAAGCCGGUAAACAUUUUCAUGAUACCUGGACACCAGAGAAGGACUGUUUACAUGGAGAAAAUAUUCAAUCACAGGGAUGACAUUGAUGCUGAAUAUCUAGAAAUUCAUCCAUCUAGUUCAACUUAAUUAUGAUUUAAACACUUUACAGCUCAAAUAAAACACACUAUUAAAGGAUGAAUUAAAGUGAGUGCUUAAACAAAAAUAAGAGCUUCACAUUUCUUCUUUUCAACCCUUGAAGUGGACCAUUUACUUCCAUGAUAUGUGUAUUAAAUGCUGUUGGAUAGAAUUUCUCUUGUAUUGAACCCAGAACAUUCUUUAACAUUGAAUAGAUCCUACUGAAAAUAAACAUGUUAGAGUUAGAUAUUCUGAUGUAC